AUGGUUAGACCCGACCGUCAUAAGAAGCUCGAGCUUGAUACUCUGGAGCCAAGAUCCUUGGAGGUGUCUAUUGGUGGUUCCAAGAUCGUGGCGCAUUAUGUCACCCCUAGUGCUGGGCAAGAUUUGCUCAAUCGACCGAAAGUCAUCAUUUGCCAUUUUUCUCACUUGGGAACUUCGAUCCAAUUCCAAAGGGACAGCCUUCUCUCUUACAUCGAAGGCUGUCGAACGAUAAUUGAAGCCCAAAGUGUGCCGCAACAGGACCUGGUGCCAUCGAUGCCGUGCAAGGUACUCUCCAUCCAGAAGGCACGUGCUGUGGAAGUAAAGCCUGGGGACUUGGUUAUGGUGAUAGAGAGUAUGGGGAUGAAGGUGAGCUUGAAGACAACCAAGGAGAGUCGUUUCGAGACGGAAUGGAAGGCAGAGGAUGCAGUGGACGAGAGUCAGGUCCUAUGUCGAAUCACAUAG